AUGAAUACAGUUUCUGCUAAACUUGUACCAUUUGUAGCCUUGGCAGAGAUGCAAACUACUGAAACAGAGGCAUCCUGGCUCAGCAAGUCAGAUACAUAUGUGCAGGUGAAGAAGAUGCAGAAGGACAUUGUUUCAACUGAGCAGACAGCCUCUGAGGCCAGCAAGUGGGGAAUCAGCUACACUCACACACAUCUGAAAGGUUACCAGCAUGCUGGUGAGAGCUUGCCUAGUACGGUAACAAGGAACAGCAACAGCUCUGACAGUCACCUCUUUCAUAAUAGUAAAGAAAACCUUCUUCCCAAAGUUUCCACAGGCAUCUGUUUGGCCACUGCUCAAGCCUUUCCGACUUCGCUGCUCACUGUGAAAAUCUUACAAGCUAGAAAUAUCACCAUGGGUGACCUAUUGAGUGGAGCUGAUUCCUAUGUAACGUUGUGGCUGCCAACAGCUUCAAAGGAAGAAGGAAGGACUCAAACCAUCUUGAACUCCAGUACCCCUGUGUGGAAUGAAACCUUCUAUUUCACGAUACAGAGCCAAGUGAAGAACAUUCUAGAACUGAGGAUUUAUGAUGAAGACCCACUCAGCAAAGAUGAUCUCCUCUUUACUGUUUUCUUUGAUGUUGCUGAAGUCAGUCCUGGAGAGACGUUCCAUGUAACCUUUAUUUUGAAUUCGAAGAAAAAGGAAGAACUAGAUGUGGAAUUCAGAGUCAAGGAAAAUUUGGAUCGUCUUGAAAAUCUCAUCACAAAUCACACCCUUGUGUCCCGUCCAGUUUCCUGUUUAAAUGUCUGUGUGGCCAAGGGGAAGAGUGUAAAAUGUUUAAAAGAGGAAGAAAACCUUAAGCUGAGAGUGGAAGGAUCGUAUGAAGAUACAUGGAAAACUACUUUGGAAUCUGAAUUGGGAGAAUGCUUUCACUUCCACUAUCCAACAUAUUGGGAUCCAGAAUUAAAGGCCCAUCUGCAGCACUGCUCAAGUAAUGGGGAGCAAGGCAAACAGAAUUCUUCUGCUUCCUUGGUUAUGCCUCUGAAAUUACUUUCUGUUGGGCAGGAGGUGAAAGUAGUUCUUCCUGUGUCUAAGUGUCUGUACACUGUGAUGCAAAGUUCGGAACACCUCGACAUGCGUCUGGGAUUCGAUCUAUGUGGAGAGGAGAAGGCAUUUCUACACAAACGGAAGCAAGUGGUUGCAGCUGCUCUGAAAAGGGUUCUCCAGCAAGACAAUGAUCUGUUAGAUCAUGAGAUUCCAGUAGUGGCAGUCAUGGCGACAGGAGGUGGAUGCAGAGCCAUGACAUCUCUUUAUGGGCAGCUCUCAGGACUUAAGAAGCUGGAUAUUCUGGACUGCAUAACAUAUAUCAGUGGCACGUCGGGCUCAACUUGGGCCAUGUCAAAUUUGUAUGAAGAUUCCAGUUGGUCCCAAAAAGAUCUGGAAAGGCCAAUCUGCAAGGCCAAGAAGCACAUGACAAAGAACAAGAUAGGCACUUUUUCUCUGGAGAAGCUGAUUUAUUAUCAAAAGGAGCUGAGCCAGAGGGCUAAAGAGGGCAUCUCUACAUCUUUUAAUGAUCUGUGGGCAGUGGCUCUUGAGAAUAUCUUGCAUGACAGGGUGAAUGACUUUAAACUCUCUGAUCAGCAGCAGGCUGUGAGUCAAGGGCAGAAUCCCCUACCCCUCUUUUUAGCCCUCAAUGUGAAAGAAAGCUGUAUCUCUACUUUUGAUUUCAAAGAAUGGUGUGAAUUUUCCCCCUAUGAAGUUGGCUUUCUGAAAUAUGGUGCAUUCAUUCACUCAGAAGAUUUUGGAAGUGAAUUCUUUAUGGGACGGCUAAUGAAGAAAAACCCAGAAUCUCGGAUCUGUUAUUUAGAAGCAUUAUGGAGCAACGUCCUUGCAGUGAACCUGCUUGAUAUCUGGAGUAAACUGAGCAGCGCGGAUGAAACGUGGCAGAAACUUAUCCGAAGCAAAAUAAGGAAUAUUGAGAGAAAUCAUGCUCCACGGAAAAGCUCUACCUUUCUGGGGACCUCUUGGAUGUAUCCUGAUAGAUUGCUCUUUCAGAUUAUAAGUAAUGUUUUAACUGAUCGGCCGUUGCACCAUCACAUCCAUAACUUCCUCAAAGGUUUCCAUAUGCACAAAGACUACUAUCAAGAGAGUCAGUUCUCUAUGUGGAAAGACAGUCAACUGGACCAGUUUCCGAAUCGACUUACACCAUCAGAAGAUGGCAUCUGCUUGGUCGAUGCUGCAUAUUUCAUCAAUACCAGCUGUCCUCCACUCCUGAGGAAGGAGAGGGAAGUGGAUGUCAUCUUAUCAUUUGAUUACUCUCUGGACCACCCUUUCCAGUCUAUUGAACAGACCGAAAAAUACUGCUUGGAGCAGGGAAUUCCUUUCCCCAAGAUUUUACUGAGUGAGGAAGACAAGGAGAAUCCAAGAGAGUGUUACCUGUUUGCGGAUGAUGAGACUAAAAAAGCCCCCAUCAUACUUCAUUUCCCACUUGUGAAUGAUACAUUCAAGAAAUUUGAAGAACCAGGGGUGGAACGUUGUCAAACAGAGUUGGCAGAAGGCACAGUUCCCCUUUCUGGAUAUUGCUCACCAUACCACCUGAUGAAUUUCACAUACACUAAGAAGGACUUUGACCAACUCCUGAAGUUAACAGACUACAACAUCCAGAAUAACCGAGACUUGAUUCUUGAGGCUUUCUCCACAGCGAUAGAAUGGAAAAGAUGUAACAGGCAAUGA